AUGGCUACCACACAGACCGCGAUCUCUAAGAAGAGAAAGUUCGUCGCCGACGGUGUGUUCUAUGCCGAACUCAACGAGUUUUUCCAGCGAGAGCUGGCAGAAGAAGGUUACUCUGGUGUCGAAGUCCGAGUAACACCUACCGUUACCGAUAUCAUCAUUCGAGCCACCCAUACACAAGAAGUUCUCGGCGAGCAGGGUCGACGCAUCCGAGAACUCACCUCCCUCAUUCAGAAGCGAUUUAAAUUCCCAGAAAACUCGGUCUCACUGUACGCAGCCAAGGUCCAGAACAGAGGUCUCUCAGCAGUCGCACAGUGCGAAUCCCUCCGAUACAAGCUUCUCAAUGGUCUGGCCGUACGAAGAGCAUGCUAUGGUGUCCUGAGAUUCAUCAUGGAGUCUGGUGCCAAGGGCUGUGAAGUCGUCGUGUCAGGAAAGCUCCGAGCUGCUCGUGCGAAGAGCAUGAAGUUCACCGACGGCUUCAUGAUUCACUCCGGUCAACCAGCCAAAGACUUCAUCGACUCCGCUACCCGUCACGUACUCCUCAGACAAGGUGUCCUCGGUAUCAAGGUCAAGAUCAUGCGCGGCUCCGACCCAGAAGGCAAGGCCGGCCCACAAAAAUCCCUACCCGACUCCGUCACUAUCAUUGAACCAAAGGAAGAGCAACCUGUCGUACAACCUUCGUCACAGGACUACGGUGCCAAGGCACAGGCUGCCCAGCAGGCCGCUCAGGACGCAAGAGCUGCGGAACAGCAAGAUGGUGAGCAGGAGCAGUAUGCGCAGGAAUAG